GCCUCGGACGUGGGCUCGGUGGAGAAACUCCGGAUUGGGGAUCAUGGCGGGAGCCGAGGCUGGGGAUGGGGCCGGAGCCGAGGCCCCACAGCCCCAGAAGCGCUACUAUCGGCAACGUGCUCACUCCAACCCCAUGGCGGACCAUACGCUGCGCUACCCUGUGAAGCCAGAGGAAAUGGACUGGUCUGAGCUAUACCCAGAGUUCUUCGCCCCACUGACUCAAAAUCAGAGCCACGAUGACCCAAAGGAUAAGAAAGAAAAGAGAGCUCAGGCUCAAGUGGAGUUUGCAGACAUAGGCUGUGGCUAUGGUGGCCUGUUAGUGGAACUGUCACCGCUGUUCCCAGACACGCUGAUUCUGGGUCUGGAGAUCCGGGUGAAAGUCUCAGACUAUGUACAAGACCGGAUUCGGGCCCUACGAGCAGCUCCGGGAGGUGGCUUCCAGAACAUCGCCUGUCUCCGUAGCAAUGCCAUGAAACACCUUCCUAACUUCUUCCGCAAGGGCCAGCUGACAAAGAUGUUCUUCCUCUUCCCUGACCCACAUUUCAAGCGGACGAAGCACAAGUGGCGAAUCAUCAGUCCCACACUGCUGGCAGAAUAUGCCUACGUGCUGCGAGUUGGGGGGCUGGUAUACACCAUAACAGAUGUGCUGGAACUACACGACUGGAUGUGCACCCAUUUUGAAGGACACCCCCUGUUUGAGCGAGUGCCUCUGGAGGAGCUGAGUGAAGACCCCAUUGUGGGACAUCUGGGCACCUCAACCGAGGAAGGAAAGAAAGUUCUACGCAAUGGAGGAAAGAAUUUCCCAGCCAUCUUCCGAAGAAUACAGGAUCCCACCCUCCAGGCAGUGACCCCCAGUCCCACCCCUCCUGGUCACUGACUGCUUACUGUGCCUUAGCUGGACCACAUCUUCCAGGGACUAGAAAGAAGAUCAGGACCCCUGGACUUUCCCAGCUGAGACUACUGGGGCUGAGAGGCAGCAGACCCUCUCAAAGAAGUUGGGGAACUGCCCAGAGCAGAACUCUGGUGUUCACAACUACCCUCGACUCCUCUCACCUUCAUGCCCCCCACUGCCACCGGAAAACGAAAGAAGCUGGUUGAGAAGGUCAAAAGACCUUGGACCAGGAGGGAUGUUUGGAAGGGUACAGAGUCUUGCCCUCCCAUAGCAUUCCCUUCUCCUUCUGGGAUCUCUCCUCCUCAGCUGGAGUGAGGAAUCCCAUUCUCCACUGUCCUUCUAAACUGCCUGCUAGGCUCAAAUCACCUGUCCACUUGUGUUUCCUUUGCAGUGCUGGGGAUAGAUGGAUGCGAGUGCACGUGCCCGUGCUGUUUUCUCAGGAUGUGUGUAUCAUGUGCCUUCUCCCAUCCUCCCAUCCUCUCCCUGCCAAGACCUGACCUGGGGAAUCUGCUCCCU